GUGACCCAUAGAUGCGCUCUCUUCCUGUAUCCCUUUCACCAGCUGUUAUUUGUCAGAAAUACCGGUUAAGCACAAACCUUUACAAAUGAUGGAUCAGAUUAGUAACAUCCAGGUUGUUCCUUGCAGCAGCUCCAAUUACCUGAAACCGUUCAGGGUCCACUACAGCCAGAACGGAACCAAGAAGUCCUGGGAUUUUAUGAGAACACAUGACAGUGUCUCGGUCCUGAUCUUCAAUACCACUUCGCAUUGCUUUAUCCUGGUCAAGCAGUUUCGUCCAGCUGUGUACAUGUGUGAGUGGGAGAAACACACCCCUCAGAGUCCUGAAGACAAGGUAAAAGAAGGAGAGGAAAAGGAGAAGAGUGAGGAGAGCCAUGGGGACCCACCGACUGCAGCUGCUGGAGUCACUUAUGAACUCUGUGCUGGAUUAGUAGACAAACCAGAUCUCUCACUGGAAGAAAUAGCCAGGCAGGAGAUUCUAGAAGAAUGCGGCUAUGACGUGCCAGUAUCGAAGCUCAGAAAAAUAACAUCCUACAGGUCUGGGGUCGGAGUCACUGGAUCCAAGCAGACCAUGUUCUAUGCCGAGGUUUCCGAUGAUAACUGUGUUGGGGAAGGUGGCGGUGAACCCCAGGAAGGAGAGCUCAUCGAAGUGGUGAAAGUCCCUUUACAGGAAUCCAUGAACUUUGCAUUUGAUGAAAGCCUCCCCAAAACCAUGGGGGUCCUCUUCAGCUUUAUGUGGUUCCAUAGCAACAUGGCACCUAAGUACAAAAUUUCAACAAACGUGUAAAAGCUGCUGAAAGAGUGAAUAGUGAUGUGACUAGUAUUUUGGAAAUAAUAGUCUAGAUAUUCUUAGUGUUUUUAUAUAUGUUACGUGUGACACCCCCCCCCACCCCCCCCCCCCCCCACAACACUAAUAUACAAGGCGAUGCAUUGAAUGAGAAAAAAUACACAUAAGACUGAUAUCAAUUAAAUAAAAAAAUAAUAAUAAUACAAAUAAAUAAAUAAAACAAGGGUUGCCGCAAGUAUAAUUUGCAUUAUUGUAUUUGCUUUCUGGACAUUUUGCAACGUGAGAUCAGUCAGUAAGUGGAAUACUUGUUGUCUUUUUGUUUGUACUUUAAUAAGCACGGUAAGCUCUUUUUAUUGGAAGCACGUCUGCUGCUAUCAGGUGUGACAUUGUUAGUGGGAGGGGUCCCUUUUACAGAUCCCUUCAAGCACUCCCAGCCAACUCAGGUUCUGCCAUCUAGCAGAAAUUACUUGAAGCUUAGAGAUGAAAACAAAAAUCAGCACGUAGCAGCGUUAUCAAAUGAGCUAGCUUUAGAUCUUCACAGUUUAUAUAUUGAGACCAUGGCUUUUAAUGAUUGAAAGAGCUAAACGGUGCACUGCUGGAAACAAUCAACAUGAGCAAGACACACCAAAAAAAUACAAGGGAUGACUAAAGAGAUAGAAAUGCGUGGCCCGAGCCAUUCGGAUACCUGCCAUCCCGUUUAGAUGGAACAUAAAAGGCUGAAUAUCAUGGCUACGGAUCACUUGCUUACACGACCUUGUUUAUUAAAGAAUCUUGCUUAUUUGUAAUAGGGAUAAGGGUACGCUGACACUACUGCACACCACAUGAUACCUGUAACCACUACGGGCAGCAAGAGCGACUUUAAGAGCACCUGCAUUAGAUCUUGACAUUGAUGUGUUAAUAUGACAUAGUUCCAUGAGUUUAACCCUUUAAAGAUCAGGCUUUAUUGACCUGUCGUCAACAUUGUGUCUUAAGGAAAAUCAUUCGCUAAGUCUUCUUCGCUAAAUCUACACUACAAACUGCUGAAAAGGAAAUAAAUAAGGUUAAGAAAAUCCAGCUAACACCACAAACAAAUAUGAUUUUUCCAUUGCAGCAGCAGCAGCAGCAGCUGUACUCUUAGGAGGGUCAAUGAGGUUUCGUUACAGUACACGAUGAUAUUUAUAAAAAGAGUUUCUAUGGACUAAAACUAAGAGCAUAGGUAGGUCAGCAAAAUAUUGUUAUUUUCCACUCACGGGUUAAGUACAAAGAUACUCUCUUAUACAGUCCAGUUGGUGUACAUGGUCACAUUCAUAUUUUCCUACAUACUGUAUCACCAAUUAAGAGGAAACAUAAAAGUCAAAGGCACAGAGGGGAAUAAAACUAGCAAGUACAAACUAAGGUGUAAGCUAGGGUAGUCAAUAUCAUUUGCCUUCACUUGAAAAUAGGGCCCUGUAUCGCCAUAAAAAGACAUAAGUGUAUUGGAUUUAGGGGGGCAGAAACAAAGGGUAAAGUCCACCCUUCAAGCCAAACAGAUGGAUGUUUCACACCAAAUGUCAACCAAGGAGUUGCAGGUUCUUUCACGUACGAAGGUCACAUCAGCAAAGCUCCUUUUAUGCUAAAAAAAAAAAGUUGUAAAAAAUGGAGUUGUGGUAGUCACGUGAUUUUCCUUGGCUGUUGAGAGGGUAUGUUUGCAGUGUAAAGAUAAAACCUGUACACUUAAAGUAAAGACAUCUAGUAAUUUAGGCAGAAAGGCCAGUCAGUUGGUUGUAGCCUCCGUUAAAUGUACCUGCAUAACUUGUUUUUAUAUUGAGGUUGUAUGCCAGUAUUGGAAAAAAAGAGGACCCCAUUAAAACGGUUUACAUUUGCACUUGAAUUUGUUUUAAACUAUUUUAAGUAGACAUUAUGUAAAGCAACUUUUUUUUGCAAUUGUUUGUUGUGUUAUUUUUUCUAUAUUGUAUUUUCUAAUUCUCUUAGUAAUUAUUUGGUCAUAUCAUACCUUUUGCCUUGUAGAAAAGGGUAUCAUUAAACUGUGAUUGCAUGAGCUCUACAUUUAGGUGAAUUACAUCUGUAGUAAAUCUGUAAAUAAAAGGGUUCAAUUCCCAAAAGGGUUAA